CACACACACACACCACUUGCAAGCAUUUAAACACGUGACUAGAUGGCUGCUUUAUGGUCCAAACGUCUGUCACUUCAGCGGCCACCCGGAAAGCUUUCACUUAGCAAAUACGCAUAGCUAAGCAAGAUGAUAGACAUUGAUAUAUGGAGAUUAAGAACGACAGUAUUGCUGGCGGUGCUGCUCCUGGCCACAGCUCGGCAAGUCACUGCCAUCCUGCAUACGGACCUCUUCAACGCUAGCAACAUAAAUGACCCCGACCUGCACAUCCGCACCCAGCUACCCGGGGUGCAGCGGGCCACCACUGAGGCGGAGCUUGAGCCCCUGCUCACUGACAACUUGGAGCCCGACCUGCGCCCCUGGCGCCAGCUGGGCCGCCCGCUGCGGUGCCGACGCGAGCUGCUGUCGCUGCUGCACCAGAUCCACACCGUGUGGCCCGCCUACCGCCGCAACUUCGUGGCGCUGGUGCUCAUCCGCAACAACCGGAUGAGCUGGUGGGCGUACCCGGAGGCACGCGGUUGGUGCACACGCAGGGUCAAGACCAUAGCGGAGCAGUUCCACUCCUUCAUCGCCUCCGCGGGCAUGCGCUUCCCGGACGUCAUCUACGUCAUGAACGGCUACGACAAGCCCCUCUGCGAGCGCCAGCAGGCGACCCAUGGGUCACCGACUGGCGCCACGUCAAUCUCAGCUGCAGCUGCGGCCAACUCUCCCAACUGCUCGGCGCCCGUGUUUUCGUUUGACAAACGCUGGAACGCCAGUGCAUAUGCGGCCGGUCUAGCCGGCAGCGCACAUGACGACAUCCUGCACCCCGUCAUGAACCACCCCUUUGAGCAGCUGAUAGACUACCCCUGGGAGAAGAAGAUUGAAAAAGGGUUCAUGCGGGUGGGUGUGUACGGCGCCAUGGCCGCCAAUUGCUCCCGCGUGCUGCUGCAGCGGGUGGGGGGCAGCCGCGAGGGGCGGCAGGUGCUGGAUGUGGGCAUAUACCAGAACAGGCACUGGAAGGUCAAGGUCAAGACGGUCCCCCCCGUUCCCAUGGAGCUGCAUGCGCGCUGGAAGUACCUGCUCAACACGGACGGGCAGUCCGCCUCCUGGCGCCUGGCCAAGCUGCUAGCCAUCAACUCGGCGCUGCUCAAGUACCGCUCGGAUGCCAUCGAGUACUACUACAGGUCGCUGAAGGAGGGCGAGAACUACAUCAGCUUUGACCACACGGAUGCCAUCCAGGUCAUCCGCGGCUUAGCGGGGCGAGACGCGGAGCUGCAAGCCAUGGUAGCCCGCAACCAGGCCUUUGCCUUCCGCUAUCUGUCGCAGCACUCGCGGACGCUGUACGCCAAGGUUGCUUUCGAGCGGUACAAGGCGCUGUUCUCGGACAUGGAUGAUUUCAUAAAGCAGGUUCCGGAGAACUUUAGCAUGGCAUGGUUCCUGCAGGAGAGGGAGCGGCUAAUUGCGGGGAGCACUGGAGUUCAGUGAGGAGUACUAGGGCGAACGGGGGGUUACUUAUUGGGAGGAGAGGUCAAAGGGGAAAACGAGCUCGCAAGGUUGUUGAUUUCGCUUGCAUCGUGCAUCGACCCCGCCGAUGCAUUGUACCGGUACAAGAAGCGUUGCGCCCAUCCGAUGCUAACUGAACAAUGAAUGCGAUACUGUAGAAUAAGACGAGCUACCUACACGGACGGACGCAAUUCAUAUUUCAUAACCGUGGAAGGCGGACGCGAUGGCUUCCGUUCCCAACGUCCUGCCGACACUGCGCUUCCUCUUGCACCUUGCAGCGUUUGCCCAAUUAGGAGUCUUGACUAGAAUCGUGGUUGGAAGACUUUUUGGAGGCUCGUGUGCCGGCAUCGGUCGAUGGAAUUGGGCGCCUUGUGUUACUGGCGCGGGCAUACUAAAGCCAGGCGGCGCGCUGUUUUAUGAUUUUCCAUCAAAUGUCCUUGGAAGUUUCAUCAUUGGGCUGCUAACCGCCGGUAGCGUCCUGACGACGACCUACCCGCAGCACAUCGCGCCGGCUGAGAUUGCAAGGCUACAGCUGCUGUUCCUGCACCGCGACUCCAGUCUACAGGGUCAUACCGACUUGCAAAUUGGGCUGCGGACUGGGUACUGCGGCUCCUUGACAACUUUCUCCAGCUGGCUACUGCAGGUUGUAGAGCUCAUGGUAGGCGGCUCCUCCCCCGAGAACCUGCGCGGCUCGCAGUGGGUUCAGGGCCUGUGGGCGCUCUUCCUGGGCGUUGCGGGUCCCCUCACGGCGCUGGUGGUGGGGCAGCACACCGCGCUAGCAGCAGCCGCAUUCUGGCACGCAGUCAGCAGGAGGUGCGAUGCGUCCGCGGAUGCAGCAUCCGUCGACACGGCCAGCUCCGGCAAGGGAAUCGCCAACCGGGACAGUCUGCUGGAGGAGGAGACCUCUGGGGAGGAGGGGAAUGGAGACCAGCUGCACCCGCCACCACAGCAGCAGCAACAGCAGGGGCAAGGGCAGCAGCAACCGCAAGCACAGCCAUGCAACCCCAGCAUCCUGGUUAUCGUGGACAACAAGCCCUCCUCCGCCGCUGCAACUCCUCCUCAGCCACCCCGGCUGCAGCCGCCCCUGCCGCCCACCCUGCGUGCUCCCCGCCUCUACCCAGCCGACAUCCUCGCCGACGUCCUCGCCGCCGCCGUGUGCCUCACCCUCACCGGCGUCUCAGCCGCCUACAUCUACAUUGACCGCAACGGCUCGGCCUCGGAGGAGCGCCGCUUCUGGUGGUUCGCGCUGCUGCUGGGGCCGCCGGGCUGCCUGCUGCGCUGGUACCUCUCACGCUACAACACCCUGCCCGCCAG